UCAGGCUUGAAUGAGGAGCCCUGAGGAACUGUAUAUCAAAGUCAAGGGUCCUUCAGAGACGUAAGUUACGUGCAUGGUGUGACGAGAUACGGUCGUCAAGAUUCACUUUUAUUGCCAUUCUCAAACGAGCUUGACGAGAUGAGAUGUUCCUCAGGGUUCAAUUCUAUCACCCUUUUGUCCGUGACGAGAUCACUUCAAUCGUUGAGCACGACAUCGGAUUUCAGUGCAAACAUGGUGCCCCUCCUUCCAAUGGUGAUCUGUCUUUUUCAACUGGCUCGUGGUGAUCGCGGUGAUGUCAAUGCCACGCAAGACGAGCUCAGCCCUCGCUAUGUCCGACGAGCCCAGGUACCUUGUCCUCAAAGCUGUCCUUUCCAAGGUGGUUUUUAUAGCUUGGCAUUCAAUGGCGACCAAUUGAGCUCUUUGGUCGAUUUUCAUUCGGCCGCCACAUGUCAAAGCGAAUGUCAGCAAAACGUGGCUUGUGUCGGGUUCUCGUUUUACAACGAGCGAUGUGUGAUGUUCAGGACAAUCACUUCCUAUCUCAUCGUCCGGAAGUGUAUUUCCGGAUUGAACUCCUGGUCCUCUGUAGCCGUUGAGAAUGGUCUAGCCCAAAGGAUCUCCCAUCCCAAUUGCAUGCUCCGAGGGACAAGCUACAAAGGUACUAUUCUAUCCGGAGGGGUGCUUCAUCAAACCAGAGACGACAUCACAACAGCCUUUGAAUGCCAAUGGGAGUGUCAGAAACAAGCCGGUUGUUGGUAUUUCACCAAAGAUCCGAACUUCUGUUAUUUAAUGUCGGACCAAGGCCACGUGGCCAAAGCCAUGGGCUCACGAUCAGGACCCAAAUUCUGCGGACAAGAGCCUCCAACCCCGAUGACCUUGCCGCCCACAACCAUGAAAAUGGAGCCGAUAACCAAACCCAAACCCGUCAUCGUCACACCCGCUCAACCGCAACGGCGAAGUUCCAUUCCUUGGCGGGUGAAGGCCGCUCAAUACGAAGGCGGGAGCAAUUGGCGAGAGCUGGUCAAGAAGUUCCCAUGGGAGUGGUGAUUGCGAUUUUGUGAAGUUGUUUGGGCGUAGGGGGACGAAAUAUAUUUCUUACAACCCUUUUGCAAUAA